AUGACCACCGCUGUUAACGAAAAUGAUGGUCAAAUGGAUGAGGCGAAUAGUGAAGAGAGUACGCCGACAGGGCCACACAUUUUGCAGAUUAAAACAGCUUCCAAAUCUAAUCUCAGAGAUGGCGGCGGUGAUGCAGAUGACUUGGAUGCAUGGAUUAAAUCGCGGCAACUACUCAAGCCCGACGAUCAAUUGGAACUCACUGAGGCUGAAUUGGGUGAGGAGAUAACCAAAGUGCUAACACCAACCAAUACAAAUGUUGUGCACAAUUUGGUGGUGUACAGCUUCAAGGACAGUUCCUUUGUGCAACUACCGAUAGCUGGAAACACCGUAACGCUGUUGGAAAUGUAUGGAAGUGCCUUACAUAUAGAUUCAGAAGAGGCAAAAAUACAAAUGGAGGAGAUGGGCGAAAUUGGCUACCCAUUACCCACAACUGCCGAUGCUUUCGCCAACGAGGAAGAGAUGCAACAACCACCACCGAAGGGAGAGGAAGAUGAAGAGGAGGAGGGUGAGGAGAAGGCAGGAACGCAACCAACAAAGGAAGUUGAAGAAGAAAUGGGUGAUGAAGAGGCCGAAGCAGAAGGUGAAGAGGAAGAGGCUGUUGAAGAAGGAGGCGCAGAAGCUGAAGCAGCAACAGCCGACGAUGGUGGAGGGCCUGCAGAGGCACCAGCAACAGCGCCAGCACCAGGUGGUCGUAAACGAAAAUUAUUAAAUCAAUUUAAUUUUUGUGAGCGUUCUGCGCUGACCUACACUAAUCCAAGAAGGAAUGUCGAUACACAAACCAUACCGCCACCACGUUCCCAAUAUGGCGCCAAUGUAUUGCAAUGGAAUAUUUACGAUAGCUAUGCGGAGGACUUUGAACAACAGCAAAAAGAGAAGGAAAAGAAAGACGAGAAGAAACAACGGAAAGAUGUUGCAUUGAAAAAAUUGGAUAAGGCGGCACAGGCUGAGGUGCUCAAUAAGAAAUAUCUCAAGGCGUGGCAGAUUUUAGAACGUAUGAUUAACCAAAAUAUCUAUGAAGACAUUGCCAACGAUUAUCGUUACUGGGAAGAUCCAGCUGAUGAAUUCAGAGAGCAGGAGGGCACGCUGCUGCCGCUUUGGAAAUUCAACUAUGAUCGCAUACGUAAAUUGAGCAUUACCGAUCUGCUGUUCAAUCCGAAGUACUACGAUCUAUUUGCAGUUUGUUAUGGUUCGCAUGAGUUCAUGAAACAACCGAAUGAGGGCGCCAUUUGCUUUUUCACAGUCAAGAAUCCAUCUUAUCCAGAUUAUAUAAUAUCGACCGAGAGUGGUGUCAUGUGUUGCGAUAUACAUCCGACUUAUCCGUUUUUAGUGGCAAUCGGGAUGUACGAUGGCAGUGUGGCAGUAUACAACUUGAGAGAAAACUACGAAAAACCACUGUACUUAUCUGUGGGCGUUCACAAUAAACAUGCAGAAUGCGCGUGGGAGAUUAAAUGGGGUCCCGACAUGGCGGAUGGUGAAAUCAAUUUCUAUUCUGUCUCCACUGAUGGUCGUGUCUUCAAUUGGGUACUAAUGCAAAAUGAUUUCAUGAUCACUACAAUAACAACACUCUUCCUCACCAAUGGCAUUGUCGAGGGGCCCGAUGGCACUGAAGUGCAGUUGCGUAGCUGUGGCGCUUGCAUGAAAUUCCAUCCGACAAAUCCUGAAAUCUAUCUGAUCGGCACCGAGGAGGGUUUGAUCUACAAAUGCAGCAUAGCGUACAGUUCAAAAUAUUUGAUGACCUAUAAUGCACAUCAUCUCACUGUCUAUCGCAUCGAUUUCAAUCGCUUCAAUUCGAAUAUAUUCAUUUCGUGUAGCGGUGAUUGGCGCGUCAAAGUGUGGGAAGAUAUGCGACCCGAGCCACUGUUCAUAUUCGAUUUGGGCUCCUCUGUGGGCGAUGUAAAGUGGGCACCAUUCUCGAGUACCGUCUUUGCGGCUUGCACCACUGAGGGCAAGGUGUUCGUCUUCGAUUUGAAUGUGAACAAAUAUAAGCCGAUUUGUGUGCAAGCGGUGGUGCCGAAGAGAAAGAAUAAAUUGACGCGACUCGCUUUCAAUGAGAAUUUACCAUUCAUUAUUGUCGGCGAUGACAAGAGUACGGUUACUUCUUUGAAAUUAUCACCCAAUUUGCGGCUAAUGGUUAAACCGCCUAAAAAGCAGCAAUAUCUGGAUCAAAAUACGCUGCAGGUACAAAAGUUGGACAAAUUGCUGUCGCUGGUGCGCGAGUUGCCCAGCGAUAUGGUGGUGCCGGACACACCUACAACGACGAAGAGUUAAAGUAAGAGAGCGUGCUGUGCAGUUAUUUCAUUUUAUUUAUAAAUACCUUAGUUUCUUUUAGUUAUUCAAAAACUUUAGAUACAUAUUCUUUAAAAUUUCUUGCCGAGUCAAAGAAAUUCCUUACGAAACCUUUGUACUGAUCUAUUUUACAUACAUACAUACCUGUGUUUACAAAAUAGGAAUAACUUAAAAUUUUGUUCACAAAUAAAACA